GUACUAGAGUGACGGAGUUCUCUCCGUUAAACGCUUUGUUUUUGUUUGUCUCUUUACAAUUAAUUAAAUUAAAAUUUAUGUAACUGCUUGGCAAAAUCAGAAAACAAAGAACAAGGUUCGACAACCACUCGAAUCAGAAGUACACUUUCUCAACUUCCAUCGACGAUAGUCUCUAACAAAUGACGAGUAACAUGCUCGACAUUGACCCCUUCGCGUUGGCAGCUCCCAUCUCCUCCUGCCAAAUUGGGUGAUUGCAAGCGCGCCGCCUCUAUACGCCGCGAGGCCCUGCAUAGGAUCACUGGAUGUCUCUGAAUAUAAUCGAUUCGAUUACGAUUCAAGCUUUGAUCAGUGCUACGAGAUGCCCUUCGGAUACGUCCAGAUCCCAGUUAGAAUCGUCGAUCCCUAGUUGCUCGACGGCAGCGAAUACUCCAUCCCCAUGGCCACCACCGACGACUGCUUCAUCUCCGGAGGUUUUUAGAAUGUGUUGGGUUUCCUCCAUUCUGAUUUGCCUGGCGUGGACGUCAUCGCCAUCUCCGUGUGUUAACUCCAUACUAUUCAGAGGUUUUGUCUUUACAACAUGUCUCUACUUUAGAAUAGGUCACAGCUUGGUGGGAGCAACAAAGCUUGAGAGUUCGGAUGGAGCAGCUGCAACAAGAAAAGAGUGUAGUGAUCAGAACUGUGAUUUUGAUUGUAGAGUUUAGUGGUAGGUGAAAGGAUGAAUCGAAAUGUGUUUUGUUUGGGAGACUCUAAUGUACGGAAGACCUCUUUGUUCUCAAGGCACUAGUGAACGUGACUUCUCAAUAAUGUUACUGCAUGUACUAAUACAAAGAGGAGGAAGCCCCUCGAGAAACAUGAAGGCCAUGAUGGCUGACUAACGAACUUCAUCCUUCUCGCGUUUCUUCUUCUUAAAGCACCAAAGCUCAUCGUUACCUGCAAGCCAACGAACUACGUUAACCAGCCAGACAUGUAUCAUCUUCUCAACAACUUCUUCAUUAUGCCUUAUAACAAAUUCACACAGUUACA